GCAACCAGGAAUCCAUUUUACUUGCAUGUAGGUAUGGAUAUCUUACAAAGCCUAAACAAUUUCACUAGGGCAGAGUGUGGGUAUGCAACUGUGCACAGUGUGUUGGAUAAGAGCUUGGAGGACCGUAUGGAAAGUUUCUUCUUAAGCGAGACAUGCAAGUACCUAUAUCUGUUAUUUGAUAAAGACAAUUAUGUGAACAAACACUUCAGCAAAUAUGUGUUCAGUACGGAGGGACACCUUUUCCCAGUGGAUGUUCAGUUCCGGUCCAAAGUGUGGGAAGAAAGGACCAUGGUAACUGAUACUGCAUUAGUACAAAGGAGCAGAAACCUUUCG